AAUGAAGCAACCGAAUGUUGCAUUACAAAUGGAGCCGAAGCAAGAGUUGUAUCUUGGCAUUCAGAAGACUCUUCAGGAAAAUCAGUGUUAGAAACCCUAUUUGUUGAGCUUGUCAACCCUCCAAGAACAAUUAAACUAGAUGGCCUUCCAGAAAACGUAGUACCUUUGACCAGACACACUAUGAACAUCCAAUGUAAAAUGCCCAACAAUGAGAUAGUAAUGAUAUCUCGGCAACAGAUACCAAUACUCCCUAAUUUUGCCAUGACUGACUAUGCUUCUCAAGGAAGAACCAGACCGAACAAUGUAGUUGACCUUAAUAACUGUUCUAAUCAUCAAUCAUAUUACACUUGUCUCUCCAGAAGUGCCUCUGCUCAAGGCACGAUCCUAAUACAAGGAUUUGAUCCAGCUAAAAUAAUGGGAGGUGCUUCCGGUUAUUUACGCCAAGAAUUCAGAGAACUGAAGAUUCUAGAUCACAUAUCAAAGCUACGUUAUGAAGGUACUUUACCAGGCCACAUACAAGGCCACCGAAAAAAUACACUUGUAAGAGCCUAUCAAACCUGGGAAAAAGAUGAAUGUCCAAAAGAUGUACAUGCAGCUAUAAAAUGGUCAAAAGCUAACCCUUCACAGCUCAUUGACUUUGUGGAUGAUGCAAAAUGGAAAUUAUCAACA